AUGAGUGCUUACGCAGCUUUGCAAAAGAUGUCAGGCACAACAUCGGUUCUCUAUGGAGCUAGUGGAGAGUCCGACAACGAGAAGGACAAUGAGACAAUAGGAUACCUCAGAAAUUCUUCCGAUGAGGAAGCGGAGGAAACAGAGAUUCCUAUUAUACCAACCACAACACCAACACCAAAUAUAAUACGAACACCUUCCAUAGUACCGAGGGUUAAUAACUUUAUAUGCGAGUCAAAUUUUAUUCCAAAUGACGAUAACUUUAUUGUAUUUCAUGAUCACAUAAUUAUUGGUCUUAAAGCAAAUGAAUAUAUCCUAAUUAAUGGACAAUGCAAGAUGACAAUACAAAGAGGAGCUAUAUUAAUAAACACUGGACAUUAUGUGUUUGCCCAUCCUAAUAACUGUAUACCGAUAAUUGCAUCUCAAUCUCAGUCGUUGCCUAUUAUUUCGAGUACACAGGUAGUUGAUCGUAGUGGGAUUAAAGAUACCAAGACAGAGGAGAACAUUCAUUUAUUUUCAAGUAACUAUAAAUCAGUCAUUAAAUUGGAAAAUUUCUAUACUGGCCUUGAGAAGAUAGGGUCCUAUCAUCCACCGUUUAAGCGCUUUUUUUAUAGCAAAUCUCUAGGUGAAGAUGAAGAAUUGACUGAAUACGAAAGGCUAUUUAAAACUUAUUCAUUUGAAAUUAUAUUAAAGGAUCGUGGUUGUAUUGGAAUUAGUAUAGAAAAAUUGUGGUUAAAUCAGAUCCAACUGCUAAUAGCCGAUAUUAAUGAGGACUUGGUUCCAAAAAUCAUUAUGAUUAUAGGAAACAAGAACAGUGGGAAAUCAACGCUUUCAAAGACUUUAUUAAACUCUCUUAUAUUGGACAACCAAAAUGCUGUAUCAUAUUUAGAUUUAGACCCAGGUCAAUCUGAAUUUUCUAUUCCUUACUGUCUCUCGCUUACGAACCAUUCUAAACCGAUUGUCGGUAUGAAUAUACCGAAGACCUCAGGAGAUGAGGAUAGCAUAUCACAUUAUUAUGGCUUUACUACCCCCCAAAGUCAACCUUCACAAUAUGUUUCUAUUAUUAAAGCUUUAUUCCAAGAAUAUGACCAAACUUAUAAACCUAGAGGAAACCAUCUAAUCAUCAACACCCCUGGAUGGAUUAAGGGUUAUGGGAAAGAAUUGUUACACGAAUUAACAGCAUUUAUCAAUCCAAAUCAAUUAAUUUUAUUAUCAAAUAAUACAGAUACUGACAACAUGGAUAAUUCAGAUAAUUUGAAUGGCUUAACAUUUCAAAAUUCUCGCUGCUUUCAAGGAAUAUACCAAACAUCAAAAUAUUCACCUUUCCAGUUGAGAAUGUUUAAUAAGUUAUCUUAUUUUCACCAACUAGCUGAUUUGAAGUUUGACUUUAAUAUUCAUAUUUUAUUACGUUCCCCUUUGAAAAUAUCAUAUGAAACAGCCAAUUCUCCUAAAACUUUCAAAGGUAUAAAUAUGAUUUCAGUAUUAAAUUACGAUGUGGGGCUCAAUUUUGAAUUAAACGAUUUAUUAUCCAUGAUUGAUACUUCGAUAAUGGGCUUAUAUUUAAUAGACCAUGAGUAUUAUUCAUCAGUAAAAUCUUCAAUAAAAAGACUGGGCGAUUGUCAUUAUUUGCCCCAAUAUUUGGACUCGACUGAUUACACCAGUCUAAUCAAUUACAGCUCUUCAUAUAACGUGUUUAUGGGGCUUUGUAUGGUUCACAGCAUCAAUACCACGGAUGAGUUUUUUAAUAUUUAUUUACCUAACAAUAAUCAGACUCAACUCACAGAAAUGAUAACUAAAAAAGACUACAAAUUACUUUUAGUCAAAGGUGAUGGUGACAUACCUAGUCCAGAAUUACUAAUGUUUGACAUGCUACUUAAACAACAAGAAGAUAUAAAGAAAUUGAAUAAAAGGAGAAGGAAAAACCCAAAUCUAGAUGAUAAAGACGUAUUGAAGAUUCCAUAUGUGACUUUUGAAAAUAAAAAUAAAAUUGGAGGAAUUUGGAAAACAAGAAGGAAUGUCAUGAGAAGGGGUCAUCAGAGAUAA